UAUAUAGAUAUAUGUCCAUUAAAUAGUAAAUUUGUUCAUAUUCCCUCUCAAGAGAUGGAAUUCUCCGGCGGUACAACGCCACCGCUUGCGGUGGUGGAGCUCAAACCCAUCGAAGCAACUCCGGAGACCUUCGAGGAGUUUGGUCAAGUGAUUGAGGCAUCGCCGGACGGCGACGAGUUCGGACCUCGAGAUGCCCAAUUAGACCUCAGUAAAGGAAUCCCAAGGUUCUACAUUAUGCAUCUUGAAGAUCGGCCGCUCAAGUUCUCUACAAUAACACAUCAUGCAAGUGUGACCCAGUGUUUAGGUUCAAUUGGUGGCCAUGUUUGGUAUCUUGGAGUUGCAAAGCAAUCCAUACUAGACCCGAAUGAAAUUAAGGGCAACAGGGAUGUGGAUGUUGUUCAGUCAAACUGUGGUCAUUUUUAUGUGCCGCCUGCUGUAGGUGAUGUGCGUGUUUUCAAAAUUGUGGGUCCCAAGUUUUUGAAGCUGAAUCGAGGUACAUGGCAUGCUGGGCCGUUGUUUAAGGCGGAUGAGAUGGACUUCUACAAUCUGGAAUUGAGCAAUACCAAUGUGGUGGAUCACACAACGCAUAACUUCAAGAAGAAAAAUGGGGUGGUCUUUCUGUUGGAUGAGUAGUUAAUUUUUUCCUUCAGUGUUUCACAUUUGAAGUCAUUUCAGAUGCUACUUUGUACUAUAGAAUGAAAGCUAAAUACGUUACAUGAUUGAUUUAGGAUUGAAAAUAGUGUUUUGCUCAUAAGCUGGUACUAUAGAUUGAAAAUAGCAUUUUGCUCCUAAGCUGAUGCUAUCAGCCUAUAUAGUUAAAGUUAAAGCAUGUUGGGGGUCAAUUACUGCAUACUCAUCCUAUUCUGCUGUUUAUUUAUGCUCCUUUUCUCUGUGUUA